AUGGCAAACGCCAACCCAGACACACUGUCGGACCCCAAUGCGACGCUCUUCAACAUGUCCUGCUUCGACCUGCUACUGAUCGAGCUAGUGCCACUCGCCGAGCGAAUGGCUCGCUCGUACGAAGCAUCGCUCGACCGUCCCUCCGCUACAUCUCCACCCACAAGCAACAGCGGCAGCAGCGCAACCGCCGCCGCGGGUAGCAGAAGAGCCACGGCGAGCAAUGCAAGUGCAGCAGGAGGAAGCGUCAAGAAUAUAGUAGGAGGAGGAGGAGGAGGAGGAGGAGGAGGGAGCACCCCGUCCGACGCCGCCACACCGACAAGCAACACCACGGCGGGGGCCGGCAAUUCCAACUCGCCCGGCAGCGGGAGCAACAGCAACACCACGGCCAUCAAUCCCGCAGGAGGCAACCUCAAUCCCGCCGCCUCCGCCGCCAAUGGGCCUGCGUCAGUAACAGCGACGACGCAAAACGCAGCGUUGGUCCCCUCGCUCGCCGCGGACGGACUGCCCGAGACCGAGAUAUUCCGCGACAGCGUGUACGUGCGGCUGGAACGGCUGGGGUUCCGCGUAGGCCAGGGAUUGUGUGAGCGGUUCUCGCGCGACCGGCCGCGCUUUACGGACCAGCUCGACGUAAUCAAAUUCAUCUGCAAGGACCUGUGGACCGUCGUGUUCAAGAAGCAGAUCGAUAAUCUGAAGACGAAUCAUCGGGGCGUGUUUGUUCUUACCGACAGUAAAUUUCGGCCAUUCUCGAGGAUGAGCAUGACCAGUAAUGCUGAGGCUAUUGCUCGGGCGCAAGCUCAUCUUUACUUUCCUUGUGGUAUCAUCAGAGGAGUACUGUCAAGUCUGGGCAUCAAGGCUACAGUUCAAGCAGAAACGAACGAACUACCCUCGGCGACUUUCCAAAUCAAAACUUCUCAAGCAAAGACAUAG